CUUCUGAAUCCAUUAUGUGAUUUGUUUCUAAUUACAGUCUCCCAAUCCCUGGCGUCUCUGUCUCAAAACAGAGGGAAAUUUGAAUUUUUAUUUUCAUGUUUUGGUAUUUUGGUUGGCUGUUGGCAAUGUUAGUGGAAAUUGACGAAAUGAGUUUUGCCUCUAAUAUUUGGAGUCGGUUCUUGAUCGUGGUUGUAGUUUUACGGCAUGUUAGAAAGGAAUAUGGAGGACGCAUCAUCUGAAACUAUCACAGAUAAAGUAUCUCAAGAGAAUCAUGAAACUCGUGAUGAAAUGCUUUCUAGGCACAGUUUACCACCGCGACUUCAAUCGAAUGAGGAGGGUAUCAUUAACGUUUUGUGUCUGUAUUGCUUGUUGAAUUUUUAUUUUUCAAUAACUGUAUCUGCAUGCAGGAAAGAGAUAUCACAGUUGCAGAAUAAAGAAAUGGAACUUAAAAAGGCUGCAGCUAGAGGUAGCAAAGCUGAACAAAAAUUGAAGAAAAAACAGGUGGAGGAAGAGAUAUCUCAACUUUCUGCGAAGCUAAAAAAGAAACAUAAUGAAGAACUUGCGUUCUUAGGCUAUAGUAGCAGUAAUGGAAAUGAACGAAGCAAUCUCGACAACCUAGUGAAGGCCGUGGCUGGCGUAUCGAUGACAGCUCAAUCCGACCAUUCAAAGCCAAGCAAAAGCACAAAACGGAGGGAGAAGAGGGCUCAACAAGAAGCAGCAAGAGACAGAAGAAUUGAAGAGGAGCAGAGUAACAUUGUGAGUGAUAGAAUGAUCGAGAAUGAACAAUUGGAAAAGAAGCUUGGACCUCUUGGUUUGACUGUUAAUGAAAUCAAGCCAGAUGGGCAUUGCCUCUACAGAGCAGUCGAAAACCAGAUGGACUUCCUAUCAGGAGGUUCAUCUCCAUACAAUUACCAAGAACUUCGUCAAAUGGUAGCGGCUUACAUGAGAGACCAUUCGACCGAUUACAUGCCAUUUUUCCUCUCGGAAAAUGUCGUCGAAGGUAAUUCAAACGAAUCGCUGUCCGAAAGGUUUGAAAAUUACUGCAAGGAAGUUGAAUCCACAGCGGCAUGGGGAGGGCAGCUGGAACUUGGUGCUUUAACCCAUUGCCUUAAAAAACAUAUCAUGAUAUUUUCAGGAUCCUUCCCUGAUGUGGAAAUGGGAAAGGAGUACAAAUCAGACGGCGUACUAAACUCGAGUAUUAGGCUGUCAUACCAUAAGCAUGCCUUUGGACUUGGGGAGCACUACAAUUCUGUGGUUCCUGUAUGACCAAUGGGGCAUAUCAUGUCGCUCAUGAAGGGCCACUUUGGCAUUUAUUCUGCAAUAUCAUUUGAGCCUCGAGUCUACACCUAAAGGACAAGAGGUCUGGCUAAAAAUGUUCUUUUUGUUUCCUUCCAUAGAUAUUUAGCGUUCCUCACAUUUCUUCAAUUAGCUGAAGCAAGUUAUUUUAGUUACAACUAUUCCAUGUGCUAUUUUGUUGUUUUUUAUUGGGCCACUUUUCUCUUA